AUGUCGAAACUAUUAUGUAUUGAAUUCUUUAUAUUCUUGCAGUUGUUGUUGCUAUUGCUGAUUGCUGUAUGCGCUGCUCGCGUAACAGCUAAAGCUGAACCCCAACAAGUCGCUUUAGCUGCGCCUGUUGCUGUCGCUACUGCUCCUGUGGUGGCCGCCGCCGCCGCCGCCCCAUACGUAGCAGCUGCAUACACUACUUCUCCAUAUGCUGCAGCUGCACCCGCGCCCGCCCCUGUAGCCACCACCACCGCUUUUAGCACACCACCAUACGCUGCAUACUCAUCACCCUACGCUGCGUAUACGUCACCUUAUGCUGCCGGGCCUUAUGUCGCCUCACCUUAUGCCGCCGCAUACCCAGCUGCCGCCGCCUACACUAAUGCUCCAUUGAACUCCGCGGUCGCCAGUCAACGUGUCGAUGUACAGAGCAAUUACUAUGCAACACCAGUGAUAGCUGCUGCUGCCUCACCUGCCAAGUUGGUCGCACCCAGCUCAGCUGCUUUUGUUGCGCCUGCUGCACCAGCUGCACCUGCUGCUGCAUACUCGGCACCCAUAGCUGCCGCUUACACAGCUGCUGCUGUUCCUGCUCCCAUACCCGCUGCUGUAGCUGCUUAUACAGCGCCUUUUGUGGUGGCCCCUGCCGCAUCGGUAAUAGCUCCUGCUCCAAUUGCUGCAGCACUAGCUAAGCUCGUUGCACCAAGUGUUGUUGUCUAAGCUGUGCUCACAUGCACAUACGUGUACAUAUGUAUAUGUGUAGCUACUAAACCGAUAAAUACAUAUUUGGCAAAUACGUGAAUGUUCUUCAGUAGCGCUUUAAGUUGACACCUGUUAACCUCCC